AACAUUAUCAAAUUUUCGGUUAGUAUUUAAGACAGUUCUGUUUCUUCUCAACUUCAGUGUACAAAGUGUGCCUAUCUAACAGAAACGUGCUUAUUUGGUGAAUCUAAAAAUUUACAACGUGAAAAUGCAAAGCAAUAUCUUCAUACUGGUAGCUUCCCUGCUCUGUGCUGUAGGAACUCAAGCCCUGACUACUCGGACAAGCUGUGGUAGCUUACCUAGUGACUCAAAAAUUCCAAACCCUAAAAACUGCUCUCAGUAUCUAUACUGUAAAAAUGGGAAUCUUCAAACUUUGACCUGCCCUCAAGAUUAUGAGUACAACCAAUUGCAAGCAAGGUGCGCGUACAAUCCAAAGUGCUGGAGCGAUGUGAAAGAUAUCACGGAUACACAUCCUUCCGCUGAGAAUCCAUGUGCAGGACGUUCGGAUGGAAUAUAUUUGCCAAGCCCACUAUCCUGUAGGCUGUUCUACUAUUGCAUGAAUAAUAUGUCUCUGCUGAGGAGUUGCCCGGAGGGAUAUGCAUUCAGUAGCUUAGAUUCAGUUUGUGUCCAGAAAACAACAAAUUGCAGCUAAAUCCUGACUCCAGCUGGGAGCGAUUUGUAGUUCCUAUAAAUAUUAAUUUCUAAAGAUAAGAGUGUUAUAAUGUUAGUGGACGUGUGUAAUAUUAACAAUAUUUAUUCAAAUUUGUUAAAGAUUC